AUGGUGUCCGAAGUUGCAAUGCCCUCGAGAUAUGCACAUCUAAGCAUCGAUGCGGAACGGACUAUGAGCAUGAUAGAGGCUUCAUGUGCUUGGGGCAGCACACCGGACGGCGGAAUGAACCGUCUAUCAUGUAAUGAUGACGACCGCAAAGUCCGAGACUGGUUUGUUGACGAGGCCAAGAAGUGCGGUUGCGAGAUCAAAGUGGACCAGAUGGGCAACAUAUUCGCUAUCCGACCGGGCCAGAACAACAACUUACCCCCUAUUGGUCUGGGGUCUCAUCUGGACACUCAACCGACAGGAGGAAGAUACGAUGGUAUAUUGGGCGUCAUUUCUGCCCUCGAGGUUCUGAAGACGAUCCACGCCAACAACGUCACUACGUACGCACCUCUGGCUGUUGUUAACUGGACUAAUGAAGAAGGAGCUCGAUUCCCCCCUGCGAUGCUGUGCUCUGGAGUCUGGGGUGGCGAGUUCAGUGUUGAUUAUGGUCACUCGCGGACUGACCCCGGCGGAAAGUCAUUAGGACAAGAACUGGAGCGCAUCGGUUACAAAGGCGAUGUGCCCUGUUCAUACGAUGCCAAUCCCCUGCUAGCGCAUUUCGAAGUUCAUAUUGAACAGGGGCCCAUCUUGGAUGUUGCCAAAGAGGCCAUCGCCGUCGUCACAGGGGUUCAGUCGAUGUGCUGGUAUCACAUCGAUGUCGCCGGACGCGAGGCUCAUACGGGGACGACUCCAAUGGACCGUAGGAGCGACGCUCUGCUCGGGGCGGCAAAAAUUAUUAUCGAAACCAACCGAUUCGUUACGGAAGGAGAGCUGGCGGCGCGAGGGGCACGAGCAACGAUUGCUGUCAUCAAUUCUCUACCGCAGUCCAUCAACACUAUUGCUGGCAAAGUGAAAAUGGGCCUGGACAUCAGGGCCCCGGCCGACGCCGACACGGCCAAAGUGGAGGAGCUUUGCCGGAACUCUUUCCAGAAGAUCGCAGAAGAGGCAGGAUUGACCGUCGCUGUCGACCGAUUCUGGACUUCCCCUGCCCUUCACUUUGACCCGACAAUGGUCAAUUGUGUAAGAGAGUCAGCGAAGUCUCUUGGUUGUGCGAUGGAACUGGUGAGCGGUGCAGGCCAUGACAGUGUCUACGCGUCCAGAAAGGUACCCACGGCCAUGAUUUUCGUUCGUUGUCGGGAUGGAAUCAGCCACAACCCAGCUGAGUACUCCAGCCCUGAAGACUGUGCCGCUGGAGCGCAAACCCUUUUGGGAGCCUAUCUGAGAUAUGAUGAUUACGUCCGGAAGUCUCAUGAGGGGGGGAGCUAG